AUGGUGCAGGCUUGCCACUCAUCCUCCACUGUACCGUGGCCUCUGUCUCUUUCUUCCUCAUCCCUCUCAUUUCUUUCCCACUUUUUCCCCCUCGCUUGCUGUGACUCAGAGAUAUCUGGUGCAAGUGAGGAGGCAGCGGCAGCAGGAUUGGACCUUUUUGCUACAGUGCUCGCGCAGGUGGGCGCAGCUGACAGGCCAGGUGAUAGGCCAGGUGGGCUCAGUCCCCUCCCCUCUCUCACCCAUCUCUUCCCACCCCCGUCCCCCCUUCCACCUCGGCAGCAGGCCAUCGACAGCCCGGCAGUGGGCUACUCACAGCAGCUCACUGAUGCUGCUGCUGCUGCUGCUGCUGCUGCUGCUGCUGCUGCUGGCACUGCUGCUGCUGAUGCUGCUGCUGCUGCUGGUAGCACUACCCUGGGCUACUCGCACUUCCUCUCCCUCCCCCUCGCCUCGCACCGCCCGCUGGUGGCUCGCCUGCAUGACUUCCGCUCCUCCGUGCUGCACUCUGUGGGCUUCCCAUGCACCCACGAGCACCUCACAGCGCCAGCUGACGCUGCUGCUGGUAGCACUGCUGGUGUUGAUGGUGCUGCUGGUGAUGCUGCUACUGCUGCUGGUGGUGACAAUGCUUCUGGUAGCAUGCACCCUCCAUCUUCAUUAGCCCACCUACCCUACACCCUCUCCCCCCUCCCCACACACCCAUCCCCCCUUACCAUCCUCUUUCCCCCCGCCCUCUCCAGCCCACCCCACAGCACUGACCACCAGGGGGAGUGCAUCCGUCUAUCGUCAUCAACCCAGCCACCUUCCACAUCACGUGCACAUGCUCAAGCUUUGGUCGCCCGUCCCCAUGACGUGGUAGCAGCUGACCACCCCUUCCGCGCCUCACAAGUCACCCACUUUCCAUGCGCCACCAUCCCAUCUCCCUCCCACCAACCCCACCCCACCCGACGGCCUCCAGGAGGCAUGCACCCGUUCAUCUUCAUCAGGGGCGUGCAUCCGUCCAUCUUCAUCAAUCCCACCACCUUCCACCUCACCGUUCAGAUGCUCAAGCUCUGGUCGCCCCUCCGUGUGCAAGCAGCCGCUGACGCCCUGCAGGCGGCCAUGCCGAGAGCGCAAGAAGUGUUGGGCGACUCUCCUCUGGUCAUUCGCCUUGUUGGCCUCAAGUGCAUGAAGGGGCAUCCAUCCAAGGCGCAUGUGCUGUAUGCUGACAUGCAGGAGGUCGAUGGGGGGAACCGGCUGCCUGCCGUCUGUGAGGUGCUGAGGGCGGCGUGCAGGGAGGCAGGGCUGGUCACACCUAGAGACUGCCGCCAGCCUCUCAAGCUGCACGCCACCAUCAUGAACACGAGCCACCGGAAAGGGCCCCAUCGCAAUGCGCGGGUGCCAUUUGAUGCCUCCCUCAUCGUGGCACAGCAUGGGGACACGGAGUGGGGGGAGGUGCGCCUGGGGGAGGUACAUCUGUCGCAGAGGUUCAAAUUCGAUGACCAGGGAUACUACCACUGCUGCUCCUCGCUGCCUUUGCCCUGA